GAUGUGACGUUGAGCGUACGGUGCGACGUCACAUCCGCAAGAGCGAAAUACGACUUCCUUGUUUCCGUUCAGAGUAAGCAUGACUGCUAGGAAAGACAAGGUGGUGUUCCAGAGGCAGAUGAAGCAGUACCAUGAGACCUGCUGCGUCCCUCAGUGCACAGCCUCUUCCAAAUACAACGGCCUCUUAAGUUUUCACGGAUUUCCAAGCGAUCCUGACUUAAGGAGGCAGUGGCUGGCUAACAUCCGGCGGGACAAGUUGAAGCUAACACAGCACACCAAAGUGUGCAGCCUUCACUUCACUCCGGAUCAGCUUCUUCAGCCUAAAGCUGCCGGGGGCAGGCGGGUGGUGAGUAGAGGAGCCGUGCCGGUGCUGUUUUCCUGGAGCCACCGCAGCGUCCAGCCGCCCAGAGCCGGUCUGAGGAGGCCUGACCCCCCGGUGGGAUUCACCCCCCUGGAUCAUGAUUACUGCUCUGUCCCAGAACCGGCCGACCUGGACAGGGCUGAAAAUGAAAACCAGAAAUUAAAAGAAGAUAUGAACGCCUUAAAGGAACAAGUUGGAGAACUGGAAAUCCCACCCAGCUUUGGAUUGCAAAGGUUUGCAGGAUCCGAUGACGACAUCCGGUUCUACACCAGAUUUGCGAGUUAUCGUCUCUUCCUGAUGUUUUGGAGGCUCAUUGAACCGUCUGUCCAUAAAAUGAUUCGUUCUUCAGGAGCCGCUGAGGGAAGCAGCGAAGCAGAAACUGCCGUCAGAUCAACACACACGGGGGAUUCCUUGCAGCCCAUCGACGAGCUGCUCCUGUUCCAGAUGUACCUGGCUGCAGGUCUGAAGGAAGGAGACCUAGCAAACCGGUUCCAGAUUCACCCUUCCACUGCAAGCCGCAUUAUUUGUUCGUGGGCUGAUUAUUUGUACUCUCUUCUGGGUUCUCUGUGUAUCUGGGCCGAUGCAGACGCCGUCCGAGCUCAGCUCCCUGAGGACUUCACAGAUUUUCCAGAUACUCAGGUGAUAGUUGGAAGCUCUGAGCUCAGAUGCCAAACUCCUGCUUCUGCUCUCCUCCAGACUGAGAUGUCCUCCAAGUCCAAGUCUCACUUCGUAAUGAGAGGACUGACGGGAACGGCCCCCCACGGUGCGGUGACCUUUGUGUCUUCACUCUAUGAGGGGUCAGUAAGUGACACAGAGCUGUUCAUGAGGUCGGGCUUGGCGGAUCGUCUUACUGAGGACAUGGCCGUAAUGGUGGAUGAAGGAUUCCUCGUCUCUGACUGUGUGAAGUGUAAAGUCUAUUGUCCACCUUUUCUCAGCACAAAACCACAGAUGGCGUCUCCAAACGUCCUGCAGACUCAGAAAGUCGCCCGCCUGCGCGUUCACAUUGAGCGGGUGACCCGAAGAGUUAAAGAAAACAAACUGUUUGAUUCUGUUAUCCCUUUAUCUAUGGCUGGAAACAUUAAUAAACUGUUUACAGUGGCCUGCCUGCUAGUCAACUACCAAAACAAGCUGCUCUAAAUAAAGGGAGCGGCUGUGUAGUUCUCAGAGGAGCAGAGCGUUUCCCAUCCUCAGGUGUUUUAACACUCCUGGUUCAGAAGUUCCCAGCAGAGCAAAGGCCUGUUAGUCGUCGGUUAACUGAAACCAGCAAGCAGCUGAAAAACUGGAGAAAGGAGGAAACACAGACAGCAUGCAGGACAGUGAACCAAGUGAUCAUUCAUAAGCAUGUUAGAAAAGUUGAGUUUGUAUAAUAUGUGUUCUUCCUUUCCUUGUUGAGGUUUUUUCUCAGAUUGAUGUAAUGAGAUAUUUCAGAAGCAUUUGAAUGUAUUUGAAUUUUCUUAUGUACUGAUUGCUUGUUAUCACAUUUCAUGACUAAAUAUAAAGGCAAAGAACAUGUUAGUAUUCUUCUGCUGCCUAAAGCUCCACAUCAGAACCUCGCCACAUCUCAGCAGUUUCUUUGGUUCCCCUAAUUAUUGGCCCCAGCAGUACUGUGACCUCUCACAUGACCUUUCCCUAAAUUGUGAUGGUUAUUCUUGCUUGUCGCAGCUGGCGCCAGUCAUGAACACAGCUCUGCUCUCAGUUUUGGGAUCCGUGUCAAAGGACGACUGCAAAACCAGACACUCUGCUGGUGGUAGCAGAGAGUUAUUAAUUAUUAAUCUGGUGUAAUAUUCUAAUGUUUUAUCAUCUGUAAGCAGAAAAUCU